CGCGAUGUUCAAACCCGCGUUGGGCAACGCGGGAAGAUCCAGUAAGUCGAGGGUACAUACAGCAACCAUGAAGACUGUUAUCGCUGCAGCUACUCUGUGCCUGGUCUCUCAGGUUGUAGCCUACAAUGGCACAUUAGACGUCUACAAAUACGCACAGACUCUAGUUAGCGAUGCCAAAAACCUCAGCUUAUGGCCGGUUUACCCGAGUCAAAUAUCUGUGACAAUUGGCGUCACACCGGCAACGUACACGAAUAUUAGUGAAGGAACCCUGGUGACGCAAGAUGACUACAUCUCCCUGGAUAAUGCCUCGUAUGUUCUUGACAGCCAUGGAAAGGCACUAGCUGUUAUCGUAGACUUCUACAUCCUUUCUCAUAAGGUGAAUUACACCUACGACAUUCUGUACUCUGAAACUGACGAAGCAGUAUCGGGUACGGCUGUGGUGAGUGUCGAUGGGUACUUGGUGUCUGGUGUCAUCACCUUCAUCGGGGGCAGUACCCCGGUCGGUGUCCGCUUCUUCGCCAACGACGAGGGGAACGUGACGGUGACCACCAACUCGAGUAGUCUGGCCGAAUCGCUCGUGAAGGCCCACUGGGAUGAGACCGGCCAAGGCAAACUCCAGGAAGCUUACGUCCUGAACAUGCAGAGUGCCGUCUUCAGCGUCGACAUCACUCAGUAUUUCAACUAGCAAGCGAAUAAUCUGUGUGGGCAAAAUCAUGUGGUAGUUUAUAUGUAGAGACCGGAAAAAUUCGCGGGUUCAAUGACCUUUUGGAUGGACUCAAAUAUCCUUUACACACUCGGGCAAAUGCCAACUGUUCAUUGGCUGCUGACUUGUGAGUCGUCACGACUGGGUGGCCUGUGAUUCGGCACUUCUAUGAGUGAGGGUCUCUAAUUGGCCCUCAGUCCUCCAGAUUAACAGUGGAUCAAAGGUAGAAGCAGCACUAUGGUAUAAUUAUUUGAAUUUUAGCAUAGCACGUAAUGAGCCCGCGAAUUUUUCAGAUCUCUAUUUAUAUGUAUUAAUUAUGCUGUGAAGAACAGCCUCAAUUGUGAUGGUGCGAUGAAUCAAUUAAACGAACAGCAUAUGAAA